AUGACGCUUUCUUUUGUUCCAUUGGAUUGGAGUCCUAUUUCGGAAAAAACGAAACGAUGUGAGAUAUGCAAUCGAGUGGCAUUCGGGAAGCAUUAUGGGGCCCUCUCCUGCUACGCCUGCAAAAUGUUCUAUCGCCGUGUUGUUGUCAAAAAGUUAUCCUAUAAAUGUCGUGGAUUCAAUGAAUGUUCCAGAAGUCCCAAACGUCUUCUGAAGUGUCAAGCAUGCCGGUAUCAAAAGUGUCAGGAUAAGGGAAUGUAUAUGGAGCCGUUGGAGGAUGAUGAAGUGAAGUCAGAAGAGGCUUCUGAUGAUGGAAUACUAGAACUGACAUCUCCAAAUCAAAAAAUCGAAAAAUUAUCUAUUCUUCUGAAAAAUUUAAAUAUAAUGGAUAAGAAGAGACAUGCCAAGCUGAAAUCUUUCUACUCAUUGAAUGAUGAGAGUCUGGAGACUAUUUUGAUGCAUCCUGGUGUAGUGAGAAAUACCAAAAAAGACCCAGAUCAUCAAGUGACUCCCGAGGAGUGGGCGUUCCUUGCACUUUACUCUCACAUUACCUAUUUUCACAACUUUGAAUUUAUUCGAGAACUUGGAAUGGACGACAAGAAGAAAAUAUUUCAGUAUAACACUCUGAAGCUUACAUAUUUCUGUGGAUUAAUGAGAACUUUGAACGAGAAACGAAUGAGAAUGUUGAAUCCAGGAGGACAGGAGAUCUAUCCGGAUGAUCUUAUUGAUUUGUAUCGGACGAAUCCACAUAAUUUGGCGAGAAUUUGUUGUCAGCCGGUGAAUAGGUUGAUUGAGUUGAAGGUUACUAAUGAGGAGUAUUGCUUGAUGAAUAUUAUUUUCUUUUGUAAUCCAGCCAUCCCCGACAUAUCCGACGAAGCCAGACUCAUCCUAUCCCGCCACCAAGGCAUCUACAGUAAUGCCCUAUUCCAAUACUGUGAACUGACUAAUCAGCAGAAUGCGCCGACUCGAAUGACUGAUUUGAUAUGGUUAUAUGAGUACAUCACAAAGAAUUCCCAAGAAAUGGAGACUCUAUUCAUGAUCUUUCAUUGUAAUGCUCCACACUUCAAGUUCAGAAAGUUGAUAAGAGACACUUUUCAUUUUUGA